AGAGAUUAUAUCAAAGCUAAGCUGGAGCAAAGUUGAGAUCACAUCAAAACUUUGUGAAAAUCAUGAUGUCAGAAACAAGACGGUUGGAGCGAUUGGAAAAAUCCGUAGAGAAAUUACGGAUUGAUUUUCAGAAAUUGCUCGAACAAAGUCAAGGACGACGUCAACACCAACACAAAAGCCGAAGGGAUCGCCAACCAUCACCGCCAACGCCACCGCCGUUGUUGCCGAGCCUAUCGUCGGAGGGAGAGGAAGAGGACGACGAUGAUUUUUUCGAAGAGCCCCAAAUUUUUGUGAGUUCGCCCAAAGAAGAAGAAUCGAAUUCCACUGAGAUAAAGUGGGACGAAGAGCCGAAAGAAGAAGAAUCGGAAUCAAUUGAGAUAAAGUGGGACGAAGACGAGAAAUUAACCAGAGAGGAGAGCGAAGAGCUACUAUGGAUAUUGGGAGAUUUCCAUGGUGUUCAAAAGAAAGGAGACGAAGAACCGAUGGUCAGUUUGGAGGAGACAAAAUCUGAAAAGACGAUUAAAAAAGUUUAUCUAUCGGGAAAAAAAUUGAGUAUUUUCGCAAAAGUAGCCUUUGGAAUCUCUUGGGGUCAGCAAGAGUGUUUUUCGGAGUCAAUCGGGAAGCAAGUCGAUGAGGUCAAACAUAGGUGGAAACACAAAGGAGAUGGACCAAAUUGAUUCGAACCUUGAGGACAAGGUUCAUUUCAAGCGGGGUGGAAUGU